CUGAGAGACUCUGAAGGGAAAUGUUAAGCAGCGAGUGUGUGGGCAGCUGUCCAGGGGAGUCGCGGGUCCUUAAGGGUCAGAGAGAGAGAGAGAGACACCCUGCAAUGUGCAGUCUCCUCUGAGAGAGGUCCACUGCUCUCUGGUGGUCUGAAGUUUGCGGAUGAUGAGAGUUUGGUGAAGCCGCAGGGAUGGAGAGAGGGAAAGGGCAGCAAGACCGCAGCUGAGAACACGCUCAGAAAUACAUCAUCUCACCCGGGCCGGACUGAGUGCGACUGGAGCCCGGGCAUGGGGAGCCCGGGACGGGAAGUGGCAGGAGAAAGCCGGCUGGAGGCGGCUGUCCCGGGAGGAGAGAGGAUCUCAUCACUUCAGCUGCUCCGGAGGAACCGAGUGAAGCUCGUUGAUGAACUUGGAGACAGAAUCAACUGGAUUCUAGAUCAUGCUUUGCAAAUUCAGAUCAUUUCAGAGGAUGAUUAUGAAGAUGUGAAGUACAACCCUGGACCCAGGAGGAAAGUUCGAGCUCUGCUGGAUAUUAUUGAUUGUCGUGGGGAAGUGGUGGCUGAUCAAUUCUGUUCACUCUUUGACAAAAGCAAAGAUGUGUCUGAAAAGGAGACUGUGUCCAAGGAACACUCGACUUUGAUAAAGAAACACAAACAAGUCCUUGGCCGGAGGAACGAGGUGAUGAUGUAUUACAACACACGGCCCGGAGAGAAAAUUCACCUUUCCGACCAGUUCACCAACUUGCUGCUGGUGAAAGGACAUCACAGCCUCGAAUUCAAAAGGCACGAGUUGCUGUCGUUCGGGCAGCAUCGAAUUCACUUACAGGACAGGAGCAGCCAGCAGAUGGACAUCCAACCAGGCCAGUUAUUUCUGCAAGUCAAUGAUAAACAAGCUCCCAAAAUUACCCUGGUGUCCGGAGUGGCGGGAAUAGGGAAAACCGUCCUGCUGCAGAAACUUGUUUAUGAUUGGGCAAAUAAUCAGUGUUUUGAUAACUUUGAGUUUAUUCUACAGUUCACCUUCAGGGAUCUUAAUUUAAUUAAUAAACCGAUGAGUUUCAGGAAUCUGAUUUUGAAGAAAAAUGGUCACUUGUCGAAAGCGCUGGAUUCUAUUUUCCAAACUGCAGAGAAGUUGCUGAUAAUUCUGGAUGGUUUUGACGAGUUUAAGUCUGGUAGUUGUUUGGACGGGGAUUGUUACAUCACUGACCCCGACGAGGAGGGGAAUUUGGUGGAUAUCAUCCACAGUCUCCUCCGAGGGGAACUCCUCAUUGGGGCUUCGGUCCUUCUAACCAGCCGGCCCACAGCCAUUCACCACAUCCCAGUGGAAACCGUCGACCGAUUUGUCAUCAUCACUGGGUUUUCUGAAAGGGAAAUCAGAAAUUUCUUCCUGAGAUAUUACCGCGAUGGAGAACUGGGCUGUCGAAUGUUUCAGCAAGUGAAAGGAAACGAUUUCCUCUUCACCCUGUGCUUUGUGCCCGCCUUUUGUUAUAUUGUCUGCAGCGUUUUGAAAGAGAAGGAAGGGGAGGGUCAGAAGCAGGCCAAAACAAUGGCAGAUAUUUACAGCCGCUACCUCAGCGUGCUGCUGAAACACCACUCCCGAGCCCAGUCAUCAGGAGAGCAGCAACUCACACAAACUCUGCGAAACCUGACCACCUUAGCCUACAGCAAACUACUUCAGCACGACACCCUGUUCUACCAACACGAUUUGGAGGCCCAUCACAUUGAACUCAACACUUUUGUGGAUAGUUUUCUGGACAAAACCACUGUCCAGGAGCCAGAAUGUGUGGUGAGUGUCUUUUCCUUCACACACUUCACCAUCCAGGAGUUUUUUGCAGCUUUGCAUUACGUGCUGGAACCUGAGCCUUUCCCAGACCUGAUGAACGAGGACACGAUGAAUGAAUAUAAGAUGUCCUCAGGUUUCUUGGAUAUAUUCCAGCGGUUCCUAUCGGGUUUGCUGUCUGACAGGAACCAGGCCCUGCUCUCUAAGCACAUGAAAUUGGACAAAGCCAUGAAAUCCAAGUCCUACUGUUACUGGUUGUUGGAAGGGAUCAAAGAGAAUUGUGAAAAUGGUACAAGUAUCUUGAACCUUCUCCAUUGUCUGUUUGAACAGCAAAAUGACUCAUUAGCAGAAAGAGUAAAACCCAAAAACCUACGCAUUCAUGUUGGGGACAAUCUGCUUUGCCCAAUGGAUUUCAGUGUGCUGAAGUACUUUCUAGACAUGAAGAUUGGAGAUCUGGAAGAAUUAGAUCUCACAGCAACCAACAUAAAUAGUGCAGCACUGAAGAACCUGCAGCCAUAUUUACACCAAUGUGAGAGAUUGUGGUGUGGAGAAAAUAAAUUGGAUUUUGAAGCAAUUAAAUUCCUGUGUGAGCUGCUGAAAUCUCCAGACUACAAACUGAAGCUGCUGGGCCUGGGCUGGACAGACAUUGGGAACAAUGAGCUGAGGGAGCUUUGUGAUGCACUAAAGGACAACAAAACACUUCAGGAACUGUGGGUUGAAGGCAAUAAUGCUGAUUAUGAUGGAAUAUCUGGAUUUACUGCAAUCCCUUCCACUAAUACAACAUUAAAGAAAGUGGUGUUAGUUGGACAUUGCCUUCAAGAGGAGGAUUUGGUGAAACUGUCACAGAGCCUGAAACCUUCCAAUUCUGGUUUUCUCAUCACAGGGUUCAGCAAUGACCAUGGCCAGUGGAAGGGUUGGUGUGACUGGGUUCUUCAGAGAUGCCAACUGUGUGACAAUGAGAAGCUAGUCCAUUUUCUCAUUAAAAUCUUUAACAAAUUUCUCCAAAACCAGACCUUCACAUGGAUGUCACAAUGGUGUAAAGAGCUACAGGAGCUUCUACAAGACAGAAUCAGGAAAUGCAAGACAGAGGAAACCAAAAAUAAGCUGCAGAAACUCAAAGAAACAAUCAGUCGACACUGCUGAGAAAAUGAUCGCCAUUUUUCAGUUUUAAGAAAUGGUCUUGGAUGAUUCAAUUGAUUAGCUCCACCAAAGAGCUAGCACAGGGACGAUGGUUGAAUGGCUUCAUUCUGUAUGAUUCUAUGGAUUAAAUUGCACUUGAUCAUUGCAAAAUGCUUCACAUCACUGAAUUACUUUUGAAGUGUAGUUCCUGCCAGUAUCUAAGGCACGUGUUGGGUGUUUAAUUAGACUCAGGGGAAUAGGCAUUAACUGGGGAUUCACUUGUGCGCCUAUGUAUGGGUACAGAUGCCCGCCGCCCCCCCCCCACCCCCAGAACCACAUUUUGAUUUAAAGCUUGUAAGUUUCUUUUGCGAUUUUGUUUACAGUUGCAGUGCCCCUUUAAGGGACUGACCCCUUUAAUUUGUCCUUUAAUUGGUUCUCUUUGGUUUACUCAAAAGAUGAUGUGGGAAAAGACAAACUAUGGCUGUUGGGUUUGGAGAUGCAUGUUUGUAAUGUCUCUGUAAAUAAAAGAUUAAAAGUGUGUUAA